AUGCACAUGUUGAUGAGCUUUGCCGGCGCUAUUGGCACCCUGGUGCAAGGAUCUGGCCUCUCAGAGAUUCUGGAGUCAACCUUCGCAGGAGUAACAAAAAUGCUGUCUGGUAAGAAAUUCCCACAGAAUGUCAGAGCAAUGAGGAUUGUCCUUGAGGAGUUGCUGAGAAGCACCAUGAGCGAAUGCAGCAUUACUACCAUGGAAGAACUGUUAGCACGGCUUGACCAUGCAGCAAGUACGAGCAACACAUCCAAGCUGUGGGUCGACUGCUUUAUCAAGCCUGUCUUUAUCGUCAUGUUAUAUGUACGAGCCGAGCAAGAAGGCGACUGGCCUCUUCAUUUGCUAGCUGUGAAGCAAAUGCUGCCAUAUUUUUUCGCAUCUGCUCAUGUCAACUAUGCCCGAUAUGGUCUCUACUAUAUGCGUUCAAUGGAAAGCUUAGGACCAGAGGAACUUUUGAAGUUCAUGAAAGGCGAGCAUGUGAUGCACCAUGUCCCAGGGUUAUGGAAUGGCAUUUGGAGUGACAUGUUCAUUGAGACAACUUUCAUGCGCUAUGGUCAUGGCCCUGCAUGGGGAGAUUAUUGGAAUUACCUUGAAGCCUGA